AUGAUUGGCCAGACUCAAAUUCCAACCCUGCUAAUUCCACAACGGCUUUCCUUCACAUUCGACCAGACCAAAAAUAAAACAUCGCAGCAUAACGCCCGAUCAAUCAAAAGCAAUCUAACCAGCACGACCCAGCAUAUCUCGGGCGAAAUCGCCAUUAGCACAGCCCGCAUCCGAAACGUCUCCUAG